AUGGCGGGAAGCCUGGAGUCGCUGGAGUCAUGCUUGGAGCAGCAUAUCCCGCCCGAGGACCUCGCCGAGGUGAAGCGGAUCCUCUACGGGGGCGGGACAAGAAAACUUAAUUUGCCAGCCACUGCUCUGUCAGCAGCUCAGGAAAGAGAUUUUGAGCUACAGGGCUAUGGAUUUGAAGCUGCUCCAGAGCAAUUGAGAAGGCCACGUAUUGUUCGAGUAGGACUGGUACAAAAUAAAAUUCCACUUCCCACAGACACAGCUGUGGCAGUCCAGGUGGCUGCACUGCACAGACGAAUUGAGGAGAUCGUGGAGGUAGCUGCAAUAUGUGGGGUCAACAUAGUUUGUUUCCAGGAGGCUUGGACCAUGCCCUUUGCUUUUUGUACAAGAGAGAAGCUUCCUUGGACUGAAUUUGCUGAGUCAGCAGAGGAUGGGCCAACAACAAAAUUCUGUCAAGAGCUGGCAAAGAAAUACAAUAUGGUUGUGGUAUCUCCAAUCCUGGAGCGAGAUGAAAUACACGGGGGAACUCUGUGGAAUGCUGCAGUGGUCAUUUCUAAUUCUGGAGCUGUCCUUGGCAAAAGUAGGAAAAAUCACAUUCCAAGGGUUGGAGAUUUCAAUGAGUCUACUUACUAUAUGGAAGGAAAUACAGGACACCCAGUGUUUCAGACACAGUUUGGAACAAUUGCUGUGAAUAUCUGCUAUGGGCGCCAUCACCCUCUGAACUGGCUCAUGUUUAGUAUGAAUGGAGCAGAGAUCAUCUUUAAUCCUUCAGCCACUAUUGGAACACUCAGCGAGUCACUGUGGCCAAUUGAAGCAAGAAAUGCUGCCAUAGCUAAUCACUGCUUUACAUGUCCCAUCAACAGGGUAGGAACGGAAUACUACAAAAAUGCCUUUACUUCCGGAGAUGGUGGAAAAGCACACCAUGAUUUGGGCCAUUUUUAUGGCUCAAGUUACGUAGCUGCACCAGAUGGCAGUAGGACCCCAGGACUCUCUCGCACUCAGGAUGGACUUCUGGUGGUAGAGAUGGAUCUAAAUCUUUGCAGGCAAGUCAGUGACAAAUGGAAUUUUAAGAUGACUGGUAGAUACGAAAUGUAUGCAGACAAGCUCACUGAAGCAGUCCAGCCUUAUUUUAUACCCAAUAUAAUAAAAGAGUAAGAGAGAACAUCUAGUUACAAUCAAAUGUUACAUAACAAAUUAAAAGGUACUGUUGGAUGAUAGCUUUACUGUGGAUCACAAGUUGUUCUUUUAACGCUGUCAUUUUAAUUUCCUGUAACCAACUUUUAAAUAAUAGGAUUCAAAACUGUGUUAAGUAAAAUAAUUGAAAAAUGGCUUCUUGCUUUUUUUGUCAUUUACAGAGUCCAAACUUUUGUUCCUUAUUGAAAUAUAUCCAGUAGAAAUACAUUGAUAUGAAAUGAUGAUGAAAUGUAUUCAGUACUGUGAUAUAGUUUGAUGGAGGAGAUGAGUUCAGAGGACAUAAAAAUUUUUACAUAAGCUUUGCAUUGUGUGUCUAUAGCUUUUACCUUCUACCCAAAUGCAUAAUUCAGGGAGAAAGGAGGCAUAAAUUAUUUUCAUCUGUUUUUUUUUAAAUUACGAACUAUUUGAUGCAGUUCUGUGCUAAGUUUGAUGCUGAGUAACAUCCCAGACAUGUCGUAGUUGUUUGAAGAUCUGUGGGUACUGUAAAGGAAGACCACUUUGGUUUUUUCUAUUUCCCUUUACGUAUUACAACCACAGUUGGACCAAUGUCUUUGAUGGGCUCCUUCAAGGUGCAAAAGUAGUGUUGCAGAUAGAUGCUUUUAAUAUCUUCAGAAGCUCAGUGCUGUGCUGUGAGGCAAAAAUAGACAUGGUAGCUAAAGCAUAGUCAAGGCUGGUGUAGUUGCAUACUUUUCAUUGUGAACAGAAAGCCACGGAAAUACUAUUAGGGAUCAGGAUGGGUAAUGAAAACUACUUCCCUGGAGCUGCACUCCAGUAGGAUACUCAGUGGUUGCGGAGUACACAAAACAGCUGUUGAAUAUAGAUAAUAACAAUACAUUUGCUAUUCUCGGCUACUAGUGUAUAUUGAAAUUUAGUUUUGUAUGAUUCAGGUGAUGCAGUAGGUGUUCAGGAAGUGCAGGAUGAAUACAAUUUACAGCCUAGCAACUAUGAAUUUAUAGCGGAAAUAAGUAUUUGAACUCUUAAUUUUUUUUUUUCCAAAUUACAAUUUCAGCUGUACCAUUUCCAGUUAAGUAUAUAACAUGUCCUCUAAAGAUUUUCCAUAAGGUCAUUAAUAAAUGCACUUGCUACAUUAUGUUACAGGGUUAUCUGUGACUUUAAACCUUUAUUGAGAAUGGCUUAAUUACAAAUAAAAAUAUAUUUAUGUAUAAAAUCCCUGCAUGUAAAAUACCUCUUCCUUUGCUAUUGACAUCAUGAAGGAAACUGUGACAAAACAUUUUCAGAAUGAGUAUUUUGAUAGACAAUCUUGUAAUGGGAAACAAAGUUUCAGAAAAUGCAGACGUUCUGAAUGCUUGCGCAAUGAGCUGCUUUUUCAUCUGAAUUUGUGUCAUAAAUACUCAGUCUUUUCACUUGGCUUUUGCUUCUUCCUUGUGUUUUCAUCUCUCAUAGCUAUCUUCCAUUUGGCGGCUAUUAAGAGAUCCUUUUGCAAUGGUUGAGCUCUCCUUUUGUCUGUAUUAGCUUAAAUAGCUUUGUUUCUUUAUCUUUCAGGUUUUUUUGAAGUAUUUAAACCCUGGGUACCAAACAUUUAACAGUCAAUAUUGUUACACCUAUCUGCACUUCAGAACACUUAGCAUGCCCUUAAGUUUGUUUUAUGUAUAAGCUCAAGAUUUGCAUUUGGAUAACUGAACCAGUAAGAGGCUAAGCAUCAAUUACAAUCCUUCUGUAAGAAUUGUUUUUAUUUAGCUAACCAAGCCUGCUCUAAAAUAAAUCCUCUGGCAGUUUAAUGGUAUUGAAUGAACUACCUACCUGAAAAUGCAUGGGUUAAGGAAGAACUCUAGCAACCUGUAGUUUACAUACCCUGUUAAUUAGUAACAUAGCUAAUGCAGUCUCUCUAAAUCAAACAUCAUGAAUUUGGACUUAGACAUAAAAAUUCCCAGAUCAGUAGCCUUCUGGUGACUUACUUCAGAGGAGUCGGAAGGCAUUAUCUAUAAUAAGUUUUGUACCUCUUUUCUGGGAUUCUGCUGGUGGCACUAAUGUACUGCUCACAAAUCACAUCCUAAUUUUUACUCAUUUUGCAAGUGUAAGUGCCAGAAUGUAUUCCAACUUCACCAAUGAUCAGCAAAAUCUGAUACACUGAAAAUUUCUUGUCACAUACUUCUUGUUUGGAACUUUUUAAAGGCUACUGCAUGUUAAAUGUCUGUUACCAUUUUUAGCCUUUGUACAAAGGAGCACUCUUGAUUCUACUAAGCAUACUUACUGAACGCUUUCCAGAUACUUUUCAGUAAGUCAACAACUGAUAAAAUGUUUUCUCUUAGAAAAAUUUUUUACCAUGCUGAAAGUAGAUUCCUAUUUACUAUUUUCACCACCAAAUAACAAUGUUCUUUUACUGUUACUCCAUGCAGUUCCAGAACUUGAACAGUUCUUUUCCUAAAACCACGCUAAAGGGGUGGGAUCUCUGUCUUAAGUGCAAAAUAAAAUUUUGCUAGCUUUACAUCAGUAUUAACGUUGAUUUUUCUACCCGCUUCAACAUAGGCAGGACUGGAGAUCAAAACUUGUAGGAAAUUGUGAUGGAUGAAUCUGAAAUAGGGUGCUAUUUCUUACACCUUACAGUGCUCCUCAGCAAAGUAAUUAAACCCAGGUAAUACGUGAAAGGAUUAUGAAUGGGCUGCUAACAAUUUCACUUGAUAAUGUUUGAAUACAGUAACUCCAACUUAAUCCAAAUACAGCUGUAGUAUAAGAGCUAGAAAAUCUGAGUUCCUGCCUUUUUACUUGUAGCAGAGACGUGUGUAUCCCCUCUUCUCUUAAUUGAUUUCAGGUCUUCUAGGAAGGUCACUGAACGAAUACCAAUAGCAAAAUUGGGCUCAAAUUAUCAUUCAGCCUUUUAGUUACAAUUCAGUAUAUGGUGUCAGAUAUUUACAAUUUACACACAAAAUGUAUACCAUUAGUGUGGAUGAUAAUUUUCUGUAUUUGCUUA